AAAUUCAUUCAGAAUGCGCUGCAAAGCGGGGAUACGAAAAAAGUAAAUAAAUACUGAUUAGUUAUACAUUCUUCUAAGAUGCAGUCAGUAAAUAUUAUAGUUAAACAUUUCUACAUUUUACCAUGUACAAUUGCUGAAAUUUAGAUAAUUGAAUAAAUAUCUUAAAUAUCAAAUGUAUGUAUUUCCUUUUGUUAUUUAGAAUUUGGAACUGGGGCACUUUUGCUCCAAAAUGUAAUUUCAAAACAUUUUGAUAUGAUCAACAACCUCAUUUAUUACAAUUUAAAAAGUGAAAUAUGUAGUUUUAUCACACAUACUAAUAUACUUCAAGUUUUUAUUUCUGGUUAAUUUUGAUAAUUGCAGCUUAAAGCUUAUUAAAACACAAAACACAAUUCAGUUUAUAACAAAAGCAGAAUACUACAUAAGGCCAAGAAAGUAAACAGAUUUUGUUAUAAGGUAAAAGUCUGCUUUCAAGUAAAUUACUGGAAAGCUUAGUGGAAGGAAAACGUGUCCAAAGGCGAUAGGGACAAUUGCACCCUUGAAACUAAUGAGAACAAGCCCAUUCAAAAGAUUCGGGAUUCACAAGGUAUACGCUGCAGUGGGAGUCAGAGCUUUAACAGCGACCAGACACAUCGCUGGUCACCUUCUUUGCGUUGUGCCACAUGUAGAAUCAAAAGGAGAAUUUAAAAGCAUCUUACAAUUCAAUCGAGCUGCAGAAGGAACAUUUAUAGCAUUCCAGCAGCAAUCGCCAGCAAUGUGCUCACAAAAGUACCUGUUUUAAUGACUAUGGUACCAGUGGGCUUCAUUACAGCAAAAUGGCCUCUCCUAAACCCUGUAAAGAAUCUGUGGGAUAUUGCCAAGAGGAAGAUGAGAGAUGCCAGACCCAACAAUGCAGACCUGCUAGAGGCCGCUACUAAAGCAAACCGUGGAUGAAAAAUGAACAGUAUGGAUGGGCGGGGGCCUUCUAACUCAAAGGAAUUCCACUUAUUUUGUAAGCUUUGUGCAACACUGAAAGAAAAAAAAAGAAGAAGAAAUUAUCUCCACACAGCUAGUGUUUGCACAAGAUGCAUGAUUUAAUAACGUUUCCCCACCACAUCCUCCCACUUCUGUGUGGAAAAGCUUUCGUGUUUUAAGGAGUUUUCCCUAAGUCUCCUUCUCCCGCAGUAUUAUAUUUCACCCCUCCUCUCCCAAUCAGAGAGUCCUCCCCAAAAUCAUCCAGUCCUCUCCUCGCUAUAAGAGCCUGGGGUCGUCCCAGCCUGGCAGAUACCUCUCCCUCUUUGUUGCGCACUACAUUUCCUAAUUCAGUUCUAAAAACCAUUGCAAGCCAAACGCCUUAACAUAGCUGUCCUGUUUGUUGAUAUUUGUGACAGUUAAUUGGGUCAGGGGUCAAAAACGGUACCAUAUCCGAAAAAGGAAAAGGGGGGAAAAAAGAAAAAAAAAAGUCCGUCUGAAAAGACGAUGCGGGAAGACGACUCCUCCCCGAUGGACAGCGCUGGGAACAGCGAAGAGGAGAGUGACCGUCAGUUGCCACGGAGAGGGGCGAGAAAGCGGCGGGCAGCGCGGCGGAGCACGGACGAGGAGGAGGAAGAGGAGGGAGGCGUAGAGAGCUCCAUCCGUGGCAAGAAAAAGUGCAGAAAGAUCUGCGACGACGGAGGAAGCGGCGGCAGCGAGGCCAGUAGCAGCAGCCCCGCGCGCUCCUUCGACGACCUGCAGACUCAGCGUGUGAUGGCCAACAUCCGCGAGCGACAACGGACGCAGUCGUUGAACGAAGCGUUCACGUCGUUACGUAAAAUUAUCCCCACCCUCCCGUCUGACAAGCUCAGCAAGAUCCAGACGCUGAAGCUGGCGGCCCGCUAUAUUGACUUUCUGUGCCAGGUUCUCCAGAGUGACGAGCUGGACGCGCGAGGGACCAAUUGCAGCUACGUGGCGCACGAGCGCUUGAGCUACGCAUUCUCAGUUUGGAGGAUGGGGGGCGCGUGGUCCUUGUCGACCACUUCCCACUAACUGGACCUGGGAUGUCUGUGAUGAGGCAUCAGGACUGAAGAACGAGUGACUCAGGCCGAAGACAGCCAAGGCCCAGGAUCUGUUGCUUUGCUUCAGGCCUCUGAGGAAAGCCGCCCCUUUCACUUUUCCCUUUGCGUGGAUUGUAAUGUUUGCAAGGGGAGCACUUGGACUGCCAGGGCGGAUAUGAAGAAAGAGAGAGACCACUGCGACUAUGAAUGUUGUACAAACAAAACAAGCCCCUGACGAACUGCUCUGUUUUGAAACAUGAAAAAAAAAAAAGACUCCACAUUCCGUGACAAUUUUUUAAGAAAAAAAAAAAAGAAGUAUUUUGUAUUUAUUUUUGUAUGCAGGUAUGAAAUUCCUUUUAUCCCCUUUCUCCAAUAAAGCUUAUUUAUUUUCAGGUUAUCAAACAGUGUUGAAUGGACAAAUCAUUUUUUUCCCCUGUUGUAAAUAUUUGAUGAUAUGUUAA